AUGGCUGAAGAGGUGUACUAUCGCUACUACUUUGAAGUGCGAAUCGUUGGAGGCAACACCAAUACCACUCCUCCAAUCAUUGUUCCCAUUUCCGAAGUCAGAGACAGAACGCAGCUCUGGAAUGAGACUGUCGCCGGUGUGCUCUUCUGGAACGACUACCGAUUUCUGAACGGGGCGCCCAACGAGAGACCAGAUCCUCCCAUCAUCCUUCUGCAAGAAACGUCGACCAGCAGGCACGACCUCGAACACAACCGCUGGAAGACCAUCAACUGGGACGAACCAUACGAAUACGCCAAAUGGUGGCAAAGCAAUGUCGUGGAGGGAGAGGCAGAGCACCUCAAAAUUGAAAUACACUUCUUGACGACGAGAGGAGACGAAUAUUGGGACAUCUACAACCAGCUGACUGCGGUUGGCAAAGACGUGAACACGAUGAGCGACAAGAGCCUCAUCGAGAUUCCCUUCAACGCAGACAUGGGCAACUUGCAGAAUGUUCGAGUGGUGCCAGGUACCAAUGAGUGGUUCCCAAGACGGGAGAUUGAUGUCCUGGCGAACGCCAAUAACUGUGAGAGAUGUGAAGCCAAGGCUACCGAGCUUGGCCUGAAGCGGCCCUCCCGACGUGCAGUCAGAGCCAAGGAGGCAAGAAAGGAGGAUGAGAUGGAGGAUGAUGCUGGGGCCAACAAGGGCGAAGAAGGAGAUGUUGAGAUGGGAGACGCUGGUGCUGGUGAGGGUGCAGGUUGGACAAUGAACCUGGCAGAACGGUUCAGGUAG